CGCACUGUUGCGCGGGAUGUGACGCGCAUGCGCAGUGCAGACCACAGGACGCAGCUUGGGGAAGUGACAGGAGGAGGGUAAACAGACGAAAUUAAACGCUUUCUGUUUAAUUAACCCAAUCUCAUUAGACGAAACCUGCGCACUCGAGUACUUCCUCUACCUCAGGAAUAUUUACAUUGAAUGUCAUUUGGAUGGUGUAGACGCUCAUCAUAUUUAGGAUCCAUGUCUUUUUUGCGUUGGGUGUCGGAGAAACUGAGUGUGGAGAGUCUGAGGGAUUUGGACUUAUUUGGUGAGCAAGCUCAGGCAAGCCCACUCAGGAAAGCCCAUGAGGACAGUCAGGAAUCUCUGAGCUCCCUCCCACGCCGGGACACAAUGGGAACCUUCUUACCUGACAGCAGUGCCUACGAGCUCCUCACCGUCAUCGGGCACGGUCUGGAAGACCUGAUGACAGUGAACUUGGCCCGUUACAAACCGACCGGAGAACGUGUCACCAUCCGAAGGAUUGACAUGGAGUCCUGCACCAACGACAUGGUCAAAUACCUGCAGGAAGAAAUCCAUGUCUCAAAGUUGUUCCACCAUCCAAGCAUCCUCCCAUACAAGAGCAUCUUCAUCUCAGAGAACGAGUUAUGGGUGAUCACACCAUUCAUGGCCUACGGCUCAGCACGAGAUUUGAUCAGCACUCACUUCACACACGGUUUAAGUGAGCUGACCAUCGCGUACAUUCUGCUUGGAGUUCUGCGGGCUCUGGAGUACAUUCAUCACAACGGCUAUGUGCACCGGAGUGUGAAGGCCAGUCAUAUCCUGAUCUCAGCGGAUGGACAGGUGUAUCUGUCAGGUCUGAGGAGCAUCUUCAGUCUGAUCCGACACGGCCAGAGAGCACGCGUGGUGCACGACUUCCCCCAAUACAGUGUUAAAGUGCUGCCCUGGCUCAGCCCUGAGGUGCUACAGCAGAAUCUUCAGGGAUACGAUUUCCGCUCGGACAUCUACAGUCUGGGAAUUACGGCUUGUGAGCUAGCCAAUGGCCAUGUGCCGUUUAAAGACAUGCCAGCUACACAGAUGUUGUUGGAGAAGCUAAACGGUACAGUCCCGUGUCUGUUGGACAGCAACACCAUCCCGGCGGAGGAGCUCGGUAUGAAGUCUUCGCGCUCGGGGGCCGACUCCGGGAUCUGCGAGGGCCCCGGGGCCGGUGGGGCGCGCCAUACUAACGGAGAGCCGAACCCCUACAGCAGGACGUUCAGCCCACACUUCCACAACUUCGUCGAGCUCUGCCUGCAGAGGGACCCUGAGAAGAGGCCUUACGCCAGCGCUCUGAUUGGUCACUCCUUCUUCAAGCAGAUAAAGCGGCGUCUGUGCGAGGCCCUGCCCGAGCUGCUGCGUCCCGUCUCGCCGCUCGGCAGCUUCGAGUGUGUGCGGCCUCAGGAUCCGCCCUCGGCGCUCGCCAGCCUGGAGUCCGGCCUCAGCCACCUGGACGUAGACGACUGGGACUUUUGACAGGAACUGAAUGGAUGAGGAGAUGAAGCUUGUGGGUAUUUGGAGAUGUAGAUAAAACGAUGACUUGUUCCUGACAUGUUUGGGUUGUAUUGUUGGGAUUAGUGGUGUGUACAUCUGACGUAGGGCUGGCCGAUAAAAUAUCAGUAUCAUGAUAAAUUAAGAACAGUAUUGUCUUUAUCCCUCUUUAAUGAUGAAGGACUUUUGUCCAAAACAUCCUUUUUUCACUCAAAAAUUUAUGUACUAGGUUUAUUUUUUACUAAAUCCACCGCCAUUAGUGAUACUUUUUUAAAAAAUAUUUUUUGUGGCACGACUGAUUUCUGACAUUUUCGCCAAACUCCUGAGCAAAACCAAAUAUCGUGACGUCCUAUCAAGCCUUGAAGUAUCGUGAUGUGAUAUUUUUUGUAUCAUAUCGCCCACCCCUAUUAGGAUGUGUUUGUUUGUUAAUGAGGGUUUAAGAGAUCCAGUUCUCCUUUUUUUUUUUUUUUUUCGAACUGUAUGUAUAUAGUCGUGUAUAUAACAAACGGGUUGAAGGAGGACUGUUUUACUUUUAUAUCUCUCACAGAGAGGUGCAAAGCCAGCAGCCGCCGCAGCCUUGUCCGAACGACGACACACACGAGGUGCAUGAGUCUGAAAACAUACACAAUUACAUUUUCACAAAGGCAGGUGCUUAGUUUUGUGCACUCUGACGUUACUGAGCAUUGUUACAUGUUUUGUAGCAUAAUAAUCCAAGCAUAAAUGAGACGCUCUGAAUGUGUAAUAGCUUAGUGCUGCUUGCAUGAGGGCCGCGACUGGUUUACGUGGAUGAAAUGAAGCUGCAUGGCCCACCGUGCCAGCACGUUUAUCUCCGAAUGUGAAUUUAGCGAUAUUUUGAGAGUUAUUCGAGAUUCAUAACUUUUUACUCAAACUACCAGCAGAACGUUAGCUAAUAUACAGGCGGGUGUGGGAAAUGCAGAAACGUCAGCAGUUAUAAACAGAUCCUUAAGGUCAACACAGGACGUUUUUACAUCUCCUUCGUCAUACACAAGAUCCGUUUCAGUUUCUGACACUGUUUCUGCACCCAGCGUUCUCACCCUGACCUUCAGCUGCAUCAUGCAUCUUAUUCCAGUGUUUUCUUCGAGUUUCAUGUCAGUUAGCGCGAAGCCGUGACGUUGGAAACUUCAGCUGUGCGUAUGUGGAGUUUUUCCAGAUGUUGCAUAAUGAGAUGAAAACAAUAAAGACUAAAAACUCA